AUGCCAUCCCCUCAUGGUCCCGCUGAGCUGCAACAAAGCCCUACCCAUGUGACUUCCAUGCAGGCCCAGUAUAGUCCUCGUCAGUUCAGUUACACCACUCCUAGCCCUACCCAAAAUUCCACAGAGUCUCAGCAGAGUCCAAUGCAGGGUAGUCCCAUGUCUUGUGGCCUUGCACAGUCUAAGCACAGCCCUCCACCAAACAGUCCACCCCAGGUUCACCCAAGGCUUGAAGAGCCCCAGCACAGCCCUCCACCUCAGAGUCCUGCGCAGAGUCCCACACAGGAAGCUGAUUCUACACUGGACCAGGAGAGACCUGGAUCAAGCAGCCCUGCCCACCUGCUAUGUGGGGCUGCACAGGACAUUUCUACACUGGACCAGGACCCUUCAUUAGUCUACUGUGGUCCCCCUAGGUCUAGUCCUGCUGGUCAAGCUAGUCCUGUUCACAUACAGAGCACCUCUAGUAGUGCCCACUCAGGUCCUGUCCGAAGACAGAGUCCCUCAUUACCUAACUCGACACACAGCAGCCCUGCACAUGCUUCUGUUGUUUGUGUUAGUCCAUCUCACAGUCCAGCUCAGGCCAGUGAAACUGAUCGUAGCCCCGCAGGUAGCCCACAUUACAGCCCAGCUCCAGACACUGGAACCAAUGCUGGCCUUAGUGUGGCACAACUGAGCCCCUCUUUGGCUAGUUCAAGUCUUGAUGUGGACUCUGUGGCCAGUUCCAUAAUCCAGACAUCUGUUCUUCCCAGUGCAGUUCAGCUUGAUCCUGGUCUGGUUAAACCUACAGACCCAGAACCUGCCGGCUUCCAGCCAGAUGCCUCACCUGCUGCUAGCCCCAACCAGGCUAGUCUGAGCCCGGUGAGCCAGUCCCCAGUUAGUCCUAAUCCUGCCCCUGACAGGUCUGCAGCUGAAGUUCAACAAAGCACUGCCUUGGUAAGCCCCUUGUAUCAAAGACCCCCCUCCCCUGUUGAUGCUACUUCCACUGAGGCUAGUCUGAGCCACACCAGCCCUGUCCAUCCUAGACCCACUCAGGAUAACACUGCGAUGCCUAGUCAUCAACCCCCUGCCCCCUCACCGGUCAGUCCUGCUCACACAUUCUCCUCUCAUGCUCCACAGGCUCAAGCUAGUUCUGUGCACAAUAGCCCAGCUGCAAGUCCAGUUUCAGUCCCUACAGAUUCAGGUUGUACACAGACUAUCCUAAGUCCUGGUCCUGUCAGUCCUGUGCGGCCAGAAGUUAGUCUCAGUCCUGUUCCUGGUAGCACUAUGAGGUGUGAGGCUAACCCUGCUCCCAGUCCAGUCUGCCCUUCUGUUGUCGCCCCUGUUCCGUCUGAAAACAGCCCUAGUCCUGGUCCUGGUGGCCCUGUGUGGCCUGAUCAUGGUCCAGGAAGCCGAUCUGUUUCCACCCCCAAGCAAGACACAGACACAGAGAGAGAGUCUGCAGCCACUGUGGACUUCCGUGUGGUGGAGGAACAGAGGAAGACUGAAGAGGAGGAGAUGGACAGAGAAGCUCCACAGCAGGAGGAGGAGGAGCCUCAUCAGACGACAAUGGAGAAAUGGGAAGAGGAGGAGCCUUUUGGGAGGACGGAGGAAGGAGGAGAACAAGACCAGGAGGAAGAACCUCCAUCAGGAGUCCAGUCCGCCUCGGUCCUGAAUGAAGACUGGUCUCCUGCUGCCUCCCCUAUACCUCCUAUGCCUCACUCUGCCUCCCCCCUCCAGCAGACCUCUUGCUCCCCCCCAUCUUCACCUCUUGCCUUCGCCCUCCCUUCUCCCCAAUCUGAACCUCUUCCUAGAGCUGGUUCUCUGGAGGCUUCCCCUUCAUCUUCCCAUCACAGGACUGCCUUACCCCCCUCCUGCUCCCCCCACACGUCACCUCCUCCCUCCCCUCCUCUGGAGGAUCACUCCCAGGAAGAGGUGCCCACCAAUCAAAGAGGAGUCGAGACAGUGAUGGGAGAGGAGGUGGGACUAGAGGACAAAACACUUUGCAGCCAAUCACAGAGCCAGUUUGAACCUGUUGCUGUGGCAACAGAACCCACCAAAGAUGAGUACCAAUCACAUGCUGAGCCUUCAGAGAGGGAGGAAGAGGAGGAGCCAGCAUCAGACGGGGCGGCCACUCCAGAGGUGGUUCUUGGGCAACAGCCAAUGAGGGAGAGGCAGAAUGUAGAGCAGGAGGAGGAGGAAGAAGAGGAGGAGCAGGGUAGGGAUUAUGAAGAGGAGGAGGAGGAGGCAAGGGAGGGUGCCAAGCAGGAGGACCAAUCAGAUGUGGAGGAGGAGGAGUGA